GUUCUUCCACUUUGAUCAAAACUGCCUCCACUGGUGAGUUAGAGGAGCGUAUUGCGGCCACUACUGGUGCUAUUACUGUUGCUAGCACAUCUGCUGAUGUUGCUGUAUCCAGUGCAGUGACAACCUAUAGACAACCUUCCGAAGAGCAGCAAGUGCAAGCUAUGAAUGUAAGAAAAUCAAUUCUGGAGUCGGACACUUCCAAGGAAGCGCUCUCCUUUCAUCAAGCAAAUUUACAAAGCACAAGAAGACGACCAAGAAAUGCUGAGCAGAUAGAAAGAACUAAAGAACUUGCAGUUGUUACUCAUAGAGUGAAAAAGGCCAUAGAUUUUAAAUCUAGAGGAUUUAAAUUGUUUCCAGGGAAAGACAACAGCAACAAGUUUUCUAUCUUAAAUGAGGGAGGUAUUAAACAGGCAUCCAAUUUGUGUCCAGAUCCUGGAGAACCAGAAAAUGGAAAACGGAUAGGCUCAGAUUUUAGCUUGGGAGCAACAGUUCAGUUCUCCUGUGAUGAAGAUUAUGUGCUACAAGGUUCAAAAAGUAUCACCUGUCAGAGGAUCGCUGAAGUGUUUGCUGCAUGGAGUGAUCACAGACCUGUGUGUAAAGUCAAGACUUGUGGAUCCAGUCUUCAGGGACCUGGAGGCACUUUCACAUCACCCAAUUUUCCAUUCCAGUAUGACAGCAAUGCUCAAUGUGUGUGGGUCAUCACAGCUAUCAAUACUAAUAAGGUUAUUCAGAUAAAUUUUGAAGAAUUUGAUCUGGAGAUUGGCUAUGACACACUGACAAUUGGUGAUGGAGGAGAAGUGGGUGAUCCUAAAACCGUGCUUCAAGUGUUAACUGGGAGCUUUGUACCAGACUUAAUUGUGAGCAUGAGCAAUCAGAUGUGGUUGCACCUUCAAACAGAUGAAAGUGUGGGCUCAGUUGGCUUCAAGGUUAACUACAAAGAGAAGAGAGGCAAAGUUAAACUAACAAGCGUGUUUAUUAGAAAUGGAGCCGAUCUUAUUGAAGAUGGUCAGAUGGAGUGA